AUGUUGUUUCUCCUGUUUAUCGUUGUCUGCAAUGCACUGCUUACUGAAACAGCAAUUGUACGAUGUGAUUUUGAGACGAAUUGCAAUGAUUUCACUACAGGUUCUAAUUGGGGUUUAACAAAUGGUUUCAAUCCGCAGCCGAUCGAUCAUGAUCACACGUUAAACAACCGUUCUGGUCAUUAUAUUUUCUACAACUCACCCUCAAAGUGUGGUAUGACUAAUAAUGAUCCCUUUUUUCCGCCAACCGCCAAUUUUACCGUUGUGACUGGUGAAACGCUACCAAACAAAGAACUUGGUCCCAAUCGAGAUCAUACAACAAAUUCUACAACAGGUGGUUUUCUUUAUUGGGUUCAACGCCUACCAUUUACUGCCAGUGACACUGGUCGAAUGUACACAUCUAUAUAA